UGCGCGGCCCGCUUUAGUCUGGCAGGGUGAGUGGUUUCGGGCCGCGGGACCCCCGCCCCUGGCGGCGGAGCGAGAAGGGGCGCGGCGUGCAGGUCGGCCCACUGCCGCGUGGCCAGGCCGCAGGUCGGGCGGCCUGGCGGGGUUGCACUCCCUGCGGCGCCUGUCCGAAAGUCAGCGGCCCGGCGCGGCCCGGCGGCUCGGAGCUCGGCGACUGCGUGUACCGACACGGCUUCCCUGAGGCCGGUGCACGGGGGCAGACCCCAGACAGACGUAGGCUGAGGGCGAUGUGGCCGCCCGGGGGCGCCAGUGGUCACCCCAGGCCGGGGAGCGCCGCCCUUCCCAGUCCUAGAGUGGGCCCAGGUAUUCCGUAGCCUCGACGCCCACGUUUUUAGUGGUUAUCAGAAUCAAGGGGCAAAAUCUCCUCCACAACUCUUUGGAGCUAGUUGCAAGAAAGCUACGCUGUAAAAACAAAUAACAAUGGCUUCAAAGAGAGCCCUGGUCAUCCUGGCCAAAGGAGCCGAGGAGAUGGAGACAGUCAUCCCUGUGGAUGUCAUGCGGCGUGCUGGGAUUAAAGUCACCGUUGCAGGUCUGACUGGGAAAGACCCCGUACAGUGUAGCCGUGAUGUCGUCAUUUGCCCUGACACAAGUCUUGAGGAAGCAAAAAAGGAGGGCCCCUAUGACGUGGUGGUUCUGCCUGGAGGCAACCUGGGCGCGCAGAAUCUGUCUGAGUCGCCAGCCGUGAAGGAGAUCCUGAAGGAGCAGGAGGGCAGGAAGGGCCUCAUCGCCGCCAUCUGUGCAGGUCCCACAGCUCUGUUGGCUCAUGAAAUAGGCUUUGGAAGCAAAGUUACAACGCACCCACUUGCUAAAGACAAGAUGAUGAACGGGAAUCAUUACAGCUACUCGGAGAGCCGCGUGGAGAGGGACGGCCAGGUGCUCACCAGCCGCGGGCCGGGCACCAGCUUCGAGUUUGCACUGGCCAUCGUGGAGGCGCUCAGUGGCAAGGAGGUGGCACAGCAGGUGAAGGCGCCGCUCGUGCUCCGGGACUAGUGCCAUGCGGAAGCUGAGGCAGGACGGGGCACCAGGGCCCGAGCCCCCACAGAGCACGGUGGCCACCGGUCCAGAGCCCCGUGCCCGCUGCAGGGCCCUGGGCUUCCCAGCCUAUACCUGUGUCCGUGCAUUUCCGAAUAAACCGGCAGCUUGCAGGCUGCUCACAGCUGUG